AUGGAAGAAAGUUGCAAGGUGCCUGGAUCACUCUCACACUCGGCGCAGAGAGAUUCGCAGGAGUUUUAGAGGAUGUUUAAAGUAAAAAGUCCUUAGUAGCAGACACUACCGAGGCAUCUCUCCGUUCGCUGACUCUGCAUCGGCGCUGGCUGUCACUUUCGGCAGUCUUUCCGCGCUCUGCCACUUGUCACCGGGCCCGGGGCGACCGCCGAAGAAGAAGGGGGAGGGGAGAGAAUCAGAGAGAGAGGAAAAAUGGAGCUACGCCGAAAGUCGAAAGAGCCGAGAUUCGUUCGAGGAUCCUCGAGUUCUCGACCCCGGCCACGUGACCUCUUCCUUCUUCCCCUCUCUCCCCCCGUUGCGACAGUAUCCUCGACCGUUCACCAAAACCACGCAGCGGCUACCGCGAACCAGAAUCGACAUCGACCGUGUCGGUUCGUUAGACACCAGUGAAAACACCGAGACCCGCCGCAGCAGCAGCAGCAGCAGCAGCAACAACAACAACAAUAACAAACCGAAAAAAAAAAGAAAAGAAAAGAAAGAAACUGGAAGAAAAACAGUCCGCCAACGGAUCGUUUCGAGCCACGCGGAUGAACGUGGACGACACUCUCGGGUGCCGAGCGAAGAGGCACAGGCUCUCGGUUUCCUCUCGGCCGGGGAAAAGGAGAUCGAAGGCAGCGAGAGCAGCAGCAGCAGCAGCCACGAGAGAGCACGGUGUACCGCUGUCGUCGUCGUGUGUCGACUGUCAAAAUCAGCGAUCGUCAGCGUCUAUCCCGCGGCCGGGUGUUCGCCCAUUGGGCCGUCACCGUAG